AUGACCCGACAACAAUUUAUUCAUCGACAUGUAUCAGAUUUUGCCAACCAACUGUACAACCCUAACCCGGAAAAACCUCAGGCCAUAUUGUGCAUUGAUGGCACAUACAUUGAAAUAGCCACUAGCUCUAACUUUAGAAUUGCCCGCCAAAGUUAUUGCAUGCACAAGAGCUACCAUCUUGUGAAGCCAAUCAUGAUAGUUGCACCAGAUGGUUAUAUUUUCGAUGUCCACGGCCCGUAUUUCUCAGAUUCAAAGAACAACGAUGCAAAAAUCUUAAUUGAUGAACUCCAGCGUGAUAUUCGUGGAUUUGGUCAGUGGAUUCAAGAGGGCGACAUCGUCAUCGUAGACUACGGUUACCGCGAAUCAAUCCCGACACUUCAGAGAUUAGGAAUACGAGCUAAAAUACCAAAUAUUGUGAGAGGAAGAGCCACGCGAGACCAGUUACCUACAGAAGAGGCGAACAAUAAUAGACUGAUCACCAAAAGCCGAUGGGUUGUGGAAGCGAGAAAUGGUCAUUUGAAAAGUGUCUUCAAAUUUUUCGCCCAUCGAGUGGAAUCUCACAACUGUGUGCAUUUAGGAGACCUAGUCAGGAUAGCCUGUGCACUAUUGAAUGCCUUCCAUCUACCAAUAACUAUGCCUGGCUACAACGUUGACGAAGCCAAAGAAAUGUUAAGAAUAGCUGCUCAACCUAACCAUCUCAUGCAACGUGUUCACGAUGAACGUCUAGAAACACGAGCUCCUACUCAAUGGUUCCCUAUGACUUCAGACCAUCUACCAGCUUUCCCACAUUUGUCGCUGCAGUAUCUACGCGACCUUACUUUCGGAAAGUACCAGGUUAAGCUAGCCCCUGCUUACGUCCAGGAUAAGAAUACAAGGGACGGCGAGUACCGCUUCGAUUUAAGCCGCGAAAGCCCAGGGCUUCUAAGGGCUCAAGUUUAUUCCAGACACACUCGAGCUGCAAAAUACCAACUGUGGAUUCAGUUCCACGAGGUACCCUUUGAGGAAGCCUUAGCGGGAGAGCAACUGCCACACCCUCUUCCAAAUCCAAUUCAAGGUUGGUAUUGCCAGUGCAAAACAGGGGCUCGCACCUUGGGAACUUGUUCGCAUAUUGCAAGUGUACUCUGGUUCAUGGGCUGGGCAAGACACCAAGAUAAAUUACAAGCUCCAUCGCAUAGUCUCCUAGGCAUUAUCGAUGAUGCUGCCCACAGAGACGCUCCGGAGUUAUUUGAUGAUGCAGAUGACAACUGACUAACGUAAGUACUGUGCCAUCAUGUUAUUACAAUCAUCCUUACCAGCAAAGGUGUCCAAACCAUUCCUCAUAAC